AUGGCUUACGGUGGUCCGUCGAUGAAUCCACCGGCUAUGAUCGGCGCGGUUCCCGGGUCUAGCAAUCUCAAGCAAGUGAAAUUAGAAAGGGAAAGCGAACUUAGGAUCGAAGUCUCUGACGAAGAUCUCAAACUCCGUGUGGUUAACGGGACAGCUGAGAUUUUCGGCUCUGAACUUCCGCCUGGAAUCUGGCGUAAGUUCCCUCCACGCCUCAAAUUCGCGGUAUUCACCUGGUAUGGAGCGACAAUUGAGAUGGAUGGUGUCACGGAAACUGACUAUACAGCAGAUGAGACACCAAUGGUCAGCUACGUCAAUGUGCACGCCAUACUAGAUGCAAGGAGACGUUUUGCCAAAGCUUCCACAUCUACUGACUCAGAACCUGUUCAGGGACCUCGGGUUAUUGUAGUAGGGCCUACGGAUUCAGGGAAGAGCACAUUGACAAAGAUGCUUCUGAGUUGGGCAGCCAAACAAGGAUGGAAACCAACAUUUGUAGACCUUGACGUUGGCCAAGGCUCGAUUACAAUACCGGGAGCUAUCGCUGCUACUCCUAUAGAAAUGCCACUGGAUCCAGUUGAAGGGUUUCCUCUUGAUAUGGCCCUCGUCUACUACUUUGGCCACUCCGCACCCAUUACCAGCGUCAAUAACAACACCAUUAACAACGUUGAGCUUUACAAAGUUCUGGUGAAAGAGCUUGCUCAAGUGUUGGAGACACAGGUUGCAGGAAACCCUGAAUCUCGAGCCGCUGGAAUGGUGAUCAACACAAUGGGAUGGAUCGAUGGUGUCGGUUAUGAGCUGCUUCUCCAUGCGAUCGAUACAUUUAAAGCCUCGGUGGUACUUGUAUUGGGUCAGGAGAAGCUUUUCAGCAUGCUUAAAGAUGUGCUGAGAACUAAGAGUAACGUGGACGUCGUGAAGCUUCACAAAUCAGGUGGAGUUGUAGCCAGGAGCGGUGCUGUUCGUAAAGCAUCUAGGGCUUCUAGGAUUAAGGAAUACUUCUAUGGACCAUCGAAUGAGCUCUCUCCCUAUGCCAACACAGUGAGUUUCAGUGAUGUGCAAGUGUUCCGCAUUGGUGGUGGACCUCGAGCUCCAACAUCAGCUCUUCCAAUCGGGUCUGACCCGGUUUCUAAUCCGUUGAGGGUAACACCUGUGAAUAUUGACCAAGGUCUGCUGCAUUCUAUACUCGGUGUCUCGUAUGCAGAAGAACCAGACCAGAUCAUCUCAAGCAAUGUAUCUGGGUUUGUGCAUGUGACGGAAGUUGAUAUGCAUAGGAAUAAGAUAACGUAUUUAGCACCAUCGCCUGGGGCAUUGCCGAGCAAGUUCUUGGUCGCUGGAUCUUUAUCAUUGGUUGAUGAAGGAAGAAGAUGA